AGUGUAAGUAGAAACUUCAAUCUCAACAGACUGGAAUACAAUUCUAUGACUUUCACACGUUAUAUGACACUUUGAUUCUGAAGACAUCCCAGACAAAAGUUUGAAAUAAAACUGCAAGAUGCUGUGGCAAAAGGAAACAAAGAAAAAAGGCGGAUUGUAUGUCGACGUAUUUGAAUUGAAUGGGGGACAUAAACUUUUGAAUGAAGUUUUCCGUCCGUUGCGAUCGCCGGAAGGUUCAACGCUCAAUAAAAAUGAUUCAACAUCGUUGCAAAAUCGAAAGGAGGGAAACGAACAGUUCGGUCGCGAUAAUUGGAAUGACGCAAUGGAAAUGUACAAUGCCAGUCUACGCUAUGCAGAAAAUGGAUCGAAGAACAUCAGUUUGGCGUAUGCGAAUCGAUCGGCCUGUUUUCUGAAGAUGAAACGAUACAAUGAAUGUCUUAUCGACGUCGAACUGGCCAAAGAAGCCGGCUAUCCAGUGGAUUUGAUGCCGAAAUUGGAUCGACGCAAAGAGGAUUGCUUGAAAGGUAUGGCAGAAGGUGGAGCGCCCGUGAAGUUUGAACCGAAGCUUGACUUUAAACCGGAUGAACACUUUCCGUGCAUGGCGAACGUGUUGAAAAUCAACCGAGAUGAUGGUGGUGAAUUCACGGUGAUCGCUAAAGAAGACAUCGACGUGGGCCAAACCGUCAUUUUGGAAAAAGCAUUCAUAGCCUACGUGUUCAUGCUAUAUGGUUGGAAAUGUAACGUUUGCUUAAAAGAGCAUGUCAAUCUGAUGCCUUGUGAGAAAUGCACUUCGGCGAUGUUCUGCAGCAAAGAAUGCCAAGGUAAUUCGCUUCAUAAGUACGAGUGUGGUCUCAGAGAGUGCAACGACAGUCAAAUGAAUGGUUCAAUAAUGCGUGUGGUGCGAAGUUGCUUAAUGGCCAUCGAUAUGUUUUCCACCAUUGAUGAACUGAUUAACUUCGUGGAACAUAGUUUGAAAAGUGAUCCCUAUCAAACUCCAACCGUUUUAUCAGAUGCCAAAUCGCAAUACAAAAUAUUCAUGAAUUUACCACUCGGUCCAGAUUCUACAAUCCCACAAAAUAUUUCGUGCAUCGUAUUCGAGGUCUACAGAAUGUUACUCAAUAUUCCACAUGUCAAAGCCAUGUUCAGUUCCGAGAAGAGCCGUCGCUUUUUGAUGCAUCUCAUCGGCCAUCAUUAUUAUAUCCUUGAACAUAAUUCAACAGGAGCGUUAGGUCAUGUGAGUAAUAAUCCAAUGGUCACACAAAGCGACCCAAUAUUUAUCUCCACUCAGGUUGGGUUGAUCACCAGGUUCUUCAGGCACUCCUGUGCCCCAAAUCUAUUUGUGUCAACAUUCCACGGUAAUACUGUGAUCACAACGGUUCGGCCAAUCAAAAAAGGCGAUCAACUGAUGUAUUCACACCUUAUGCUGAUGACGGAGCCCACGAAAAAACGACAGAAGGCAUUGUGGGAUCGAAAACGAAUAAUUUGCACAUGUUCACUAUGCAACGGUGUUUCAGCUUCAACAGCGCAACGCAAGCAAUUGACAUCGGAUCCUGAUUUUCAAUACAUUGUGUCCUACUUCGAUACAACGUUACAGAAUGAUCAGACUGUCUGCAAGACAAUGGCCGACAAGUGCAAACAAUUUUUGCAAAAAUAUGGCCGUAUUUUGUGGUGCGAAGAACUGGGCAAAGUGGUUCAAGCCUAUAUUUAUCUGAUAAAUAUUCAAUACAGAGGUUUAAUCAAAAUUGGUUCAAUUCUUCACAUCGAUUAAGCGAUUCGAUUUCUUUCUACAAACCAUACUUCAGUAAUCUCUACAGAAUUGGGUUUUCAAUAGAAUAUAAUUUAGAAAUAUAUAUAGAAAAAUGAUGCGAUGACACAAAAAUUUGAUAGAAACACGUUUGUUCAGAAUAAAGCAAAAUUUAAAAAUCU